AUGGGUCGCUCGUACGGAGGCCGGGUACUGUCCGCGAUGACCCUGCUAGGCAUCCCAGCCGCCGUGCUGGUCGUGCUGGCUGCACAGCUGCUGUUCCAGCUCCAGGCGGGGCGUGCCGAGCUGCGAGGUGUGCGCACCGACUGGCUGCACGCGGAGCUGGACCCCGACGCAGGGCUACCGGAAGCUGCGGCUGGGGCAUUGCUGCCGCUGGCGACUGCUCUGGCCGCGCUGGCGCAAGUCUUCGGGCUUAGCUGCCUGCUACUCGCCGCGCUCUGCGGACACCUGGGCGCCGAGCUGGCACGCGGCCCGGGGCCAGGCAGGUCAGACUGGUUUCUUUAUGACUGCCGUCUCCUCAGGCACUCUGCACUUGGCCUGUUCUGCUGUGGGGUCUCCGUCUACUUAGCAGCACUGGCCAUUUAUACCCUGCUGCUCUUCGAGAUCGAGGCAGGGGCAGCGGCCGCAUCUAUCCUGGGUUCAGGCGCCCUGGUCCUGGUGGCAGUAAUGACUCACACCCUACUCCGGGCCCUUCGGGCCACUCGCCGGGGUCUCCACGAGCUGUCCCCACCAGCGUUUGAAGAUGAGCCCGCCCGGCCUUCAGAAGACUCCAAAACUGGCUGCAGGGCUCAGCCCCAGCAGGAUGAGGAGCCCGAGACGUCAGUAGGGGCUGUGACUCACCAAGGUCCUCAUUCCUGAGCAUCAGGGCCUGGACUGGCUCUCAGGUCCUGGGACCCCACUCCCAUGUUCCUGGAAGAAGGUUCAAGUCUUAGACCUCCGCUUCUUGACACUCCCUGGGGAGUUGUGGAUGUUUGAAAUUCGUGUGUGUGGAGCUCAGAGCAGCCUAAGGCCAGGAGCAUUCAGGGAUGGCUGGAGUCUCACCAUGAGCCCAAGACUGAGUGGGUCUCGCUGCUGCGCCUGUUUCCUUAUCUGUGACAGAGACGGGAGAAGCUGCACACAGCAGACCCUUAGUACAUGUUAACCAUGUGUAUUGUUGCCCUGCCUAUUUAACAAAGGCCACUUAAGAAAGAAGAGGCUUCUUCUGCUCCGAGCUCCAUGCCUAACCCUACUCCUGGCUCACUUGCGUUCUGUGACAAAGUACCUUGAUACAAUCCGCAUGGGAGCAAGGGCUUGUCCUGGUGACAGUCAGAAGCAGAGAGAGAGAGGAAUGCUGCCUCAGGUCGCUCAGGCCGCGGGCUGCUCCCACAUUGAGGAUGGGCUGGCCUGUCUCAGCUAACCAGCCUAGAGACUGCACCCUCACAUGCCCGGAGGCCGGUCUCCAAGGUGAUUCUGGAUGUGUUGCCGGCACUUGUGUGGAAGCAGGUGACUGCCUCCCAAGGGAACCACUGAGGCCCACUCAGCCCAGAGGGCUCCAUCCCUCUCCAGAAUGUACAG